AUGGAACAGGACGACGAGAUAAAAUCCGGUUGUUUAUUAUUUCCACCAGCCGGAGGGAAUAUGUUCAGUAAAUUUCCAAAAAAGAAAAACUGGCAACAAAAGUACUGUAUACUCUUCGAUGCUAGUAAGCAAGGCAUAGAGAGGUUGGAAAUAUAUGAUAAUAAGGAUGAUGUUACAACGGGAUCAAUUCCUAAGAUUAUAACUCUUGAAAAUUGUAUCAAAAUAACACAUUCUAGUCCAAAUACUAUUACUAUUUUAACUAAGUCAAUAACACAGCAAGUUAGCACUCAAUCUGAAACAGAAACCUUAGAAUGGGUGACUGCACUUCAGUCAGUUGCAUUUAAAAGUACAGAUUCCAUUCCGAUUAGCUGUGAUGAAGAUAAUGAUUUAUAUUGUUCAUCUGGAGAAGGAGUUUUCUCAGUAAAAAUGUGCUCUUCCGAAGCAUCAACACGCUGUGGAUUGGAGCCUAUUAGGUAUCUCUUGCUACUCACAUCAACCUCCAUUGAUUUAAGGGAUUUGAAUGACAAUAAAUUGUAUGCCACCUGGCCAUACAGGUAUAUCAGACGGUAUGGUUAUAGACAAGGAAAGUUUACUUUUGAGGCAGGAAGAAAAUGUGACACUGGUGAAGGUAUAUUUCAUUUAGAACAUCCAAAUCAAUCAGAAAUAUUUAAAUGCUUAUCACUUAAGAUGAAAACAAUGAAACAAUCUAUUGGUAAUGAUAAUAUGCAUAGUCCUGAACACUCAGAAUUCAACAUACAGCCAAAUGCAAAUCUGUUUCCCGGGUCCAGGAGUCCAUUAGUCGCAGCAAGGCCUGACGAUUUGAAUCUCAGUUCUUUAUCAUUUAAAACUACUUCUGUUUCGAGUCAUCAAACUUUGGCCUCUGAGAGAGACACUGCUCCUUUACUCAUGCCAAAACCAGCCUUAAAACCUAAGCCACAAAAGCCUCCUCGCAAAGUCAUUAAUAUUCCCAAACCAAUGAACAAAGAUCCCCAAUCAUCAACAGAUGAGAGUAUGGACUUUGGAAGAUACAAAAAACUUGAAAACUAUGAGCCAAUUGAUCAAAGUAAAAGUCAAAGUACCCCAUCAGUGCCAUACGAUAAAAUAGAAGUGAGGAGUGAAGCAUGGAAAACUUUAGGGAUAGAUGAUCCUGAUCAUACAGAAUUUACUCCAAAUUUGGCUGAUAGUCCUAAUUGUAUGAAACUUAUAUCAAGAUCACAAGAUAAUUUAAACAGUACAGGACCAGAAUCUUCAAGAAUUAUUCUUUUACCUCUCAGUCCUGAAGAUGAAAACUAUGACAGGUUGCAGUACUUUGGUUCUACAAGCAAAUUAAAUAAGUCCUCUAGAUAUAAAAAAGUAGAGGCACGACCUACUACAUUGGCUCUUAGUGAGGCAAAAAAUAAAGACACUUGGAAUGAUUAUGAUGAAGUUGAAAAUGUUAUGCAGACAGCGAGAUUGGCAGAUGAUUCUCAUUUAGGAUAUGGUAUGAUACGAAAACCAAACACUCCUGGACCUCAAGUACCAACUGCGGCGCAAGCUCAAGCAUUACAAAAUCAGGUUGGUUUGGAGGAAAUCAACCACAAUAAUUGUAAUGGAACAGAUUAUGCAAUUGUAAGCCGUCCAAAAAGAGUAUAA